GCUUGGUCUGCAUCAUCCGCAUCGCCCUGGACCAGCCCGCACGCCCAUAGCCGAAAAAUGUCCGUCUCAACGCUCUCGGUCCCGCUCGCCGACGACUUCCACACCCAUCUGAGACAGGGUGCUCUCAUGCGGGCCGUCACACCUCUUCUGAAGCCAUCGGGUGUCGGUCUUGCGUAUGUGAUGCCCAACCUGAAGCCCCCGAUCAGCAACACCGAACAGGCACUAGCCUACAAGGCCGAGCUGGAGGCGCUUGCGCCCGGCGUCGAGUUCAUGAUGACGCUGUAUCUGGGUCCUGAGCUGACUCCCGACGAGAUCCACAAGGCCGCCAAAGCGGGCGUCGCUGGCGUCAAGUCAUACCCCAGAGGCGUCACGACCAACAGUGAUAGCGGUAUCGAAAGCUACACCACCUACUAUCCUGUUUUCAAGGCUAUGGAGGAGAACAACAUGGUCUUGAACCUCCACGGCGAGAUUCCAAGCGACCCCAAUAACGACGUCUGCGUUAUGAAUGCAGAGGAGCGUUUCCUGACGCAUCUGAAGGAGCUGCAUCGCGACUUUCCCAAGCUCAAGAUUGUUCUUGAGCACGCCACCACAAAGGCGGCCGUCGAAGUGGUCGAGAGUCUCGGCGAGACCGUCGGAUGCACCAUUACCCUCCACCACCUCACCCUCGUCGUUGAUGACUGGGCUGGCCAGUGCCACCACUUUUGCAAGCCUGUGGCCAAGUUCCCACACGACCGAGAGGCCCUGCGCAGAGUAAUCAAGUCUGGCCAUCCCCGAUUCUUCCUCGGCACCGACUCGGCUCCCCACCCCCGCCAUCUCAAGGAAGGCCCAUCGGCCGCUGCCGGCGUUUUCACCGGCCCUCACGUCCUGCCCUACCUGGCCCAUAUCCUCGAGAGCUUCGGUGCUCUGGACCAACUGCGACACUUUGCUUGCGAGAAUGGUCGCAGAUUCUACGGCGUCGCUCAAGCCUCAUCCGAGUCCGUUGCCGUGCUCGUGCGCGAGCCCUUCACCAUCGCCAAGGAGAUCCACUUUACCGAUGAUGAGGGCCAGGAGCGCGCACUUGUUCCCUUCAUGGCUGGCAAGACCCUGAACUGGCGACUGCAGUGAGCUCACCGGCCCGCCACUUCGAAGAGAGAAUGGCGAGCAGGCCACUUGCAACAAAUGCAGUGCAAUGCCAAAGGCCAUCCGCUGUCGGCUGCCGUGGGAGUGCACACUGUGAACAGAGAUCCAAGUGGUGGAGUGACA